CCCGCAGAGACCGAGCGGCUGCUGAGCCGCCGGCCCGGGUACGGCACGGCCCCGGCGGGCCCGGAUCCGGUACCGGUGCCGGAGGAGGAGGAGGAGGAGCUGCGGCGGCGCCUCAAGUAUUUCUUCAUGAGCCCCUGUGACAAGUACCGCGCCCGCGGCAGGCGGCCCGUGAAACUCGCGCUGCAGCUCGCCAAGAUCGUGCUUUUUGGGGUUGGGAUUUGGGUUUGGGAUUUGGGGUUGAGGUUUGGGAUGCCCCAGAGCAUUCAGAACAGUCCCAGCCCAUUUGGGAUUUGGGAUUUGGGGAGUCCCAGGGCUGACCCCAAUCCCCACCCCACAGAGUGCCUGGAGGUGCAGCCUGGGGACCCCAAACCCCCCGUGCUGGACGGGACCGGCAACUUCACCCUCCAGUUCCACAGGCUGAUCAAUGUCACCGUGGAGUUCCAGCUCAAGGCCAUCAACAUCCAAACGCUGCUGAACCACGAAAUCCCCGACUGCUACACCUUCAGUGUCACCGUCACCUUUGACAACCGCGCCCACAGCGGGCGAGUGCGGAUCCGGCUGGACACCCACGCGGCCAUCCGGGAGUGCCACCACCCCGCGCUGCCGGGCCGAGGUGACAAUUCCCUGCGCCUGUCCUUCGACAUCCUGGUGACAGCCGUGUGCUCGCUGUCCCUGGUGCUCUGCGCGCGCUCCAUCGCCCGCGGGCUCCUCCUGCAGAGGGAUUUCUCGCGGUUCCUGCGCUGUCACCGCGCCCUGUCCCUGUCCCUGUCGGACCGGCUCGAGUUCCUCAACGGUUGGUACCUGCUGCUCGUCACCAGCGACGUCCUCACCGUGCUGGGCACCGUGCUCAAGAUCGGCAUCGAGGCCAAGAAUUUCUCGGGGUACGACGUGUGCAGCAUCCUGCUGGGGACAUCGACGCUGCUGGUGUGGGUCGGGGUCAUCCGGUACCUGACCUUCUUCCAGAAGUACAACAUCCUGAUCGUCACCCUGCGCGUGGCGCUGCCCAACGUGAUGCGUUUCUGCUGCUGCGUGGCCGUCAUUUAUUUGGGGUACUGCUUCUGCGGCUGGAUCGUGCUGGGCCCCCACCACCCCAAGUUCCGCUCGCUCUCCAUGGUGUCCGAGUGCCUCUUCUCGCUGGUCAAUGGCGAUGACAUGUUCGCCACCUUCGCGGCGCUCCGGCCCAGCGGGGCGCUGGUCUGGCUCUUCAGCCAGGUGUACCUGUACAGCUUCAGCGCCCUCUUCAUCUACAUGGUGCUCAGCCUCUUCAUCGCCCUCAUCACCGGCUCCUACGACACCAUCAAGAACCAGUCCGAGGCCGAGGUCCCGGUGUCGCAGCUCCACGCCUUCAUCGCGCAGUGCCGGGACAGCCCCAGAUCCGGGAAGUUCCGCCGGGACAGCUCCGCCUCCUGCUCCGCCUCCUGCUCCGCCCUCUGCUGCUGCGGCCGGGCUGCCGUGCAGGACAACGCGCUGCUGGUGAACUGAGGGGACGCCGAGGGGACCCCAAAACCCCCCCAGCUUUUUAUUUAUUUUAUUUUCUGCUUUUACCUGCCUGGGACCCCGAAUCUGGGACGUCCUGAGACCCCCCAGGAUGGAUUUUGGGGGGGUUUGGGGUCCCCAAUUCUCCUUUUGGGGACACUUUGGGACCCCCCAAAUCUGUUUUUAAGGACACUUUGGGACCCCCCCCGAUCAUUUUUGGGGGGUAAAUUUGGAACUUUGGGACGCCCCAGUCUGUUUUUGGGGACACUUUGGGACCCCCGAAUCAUUUUUGGGGACACUUUGGGACCUCGUCCCUGUCCUUGGAGUGACUGGAGCAGUUUUGGGUCACCCCACAGCCAAAAAUGUCCCUUUUCACCCCAAAAUUUGGGGUGUGGCCACACUGGGGGUGGAGGAUUUGUGUCCCCAAGGGGACAAUAAAGGUGACCUGGGACACGAGGGGUCUGUGGUGACAGUGGGGACACCCUGGGGUGACAAUGGGGACACCCCCCCAUCCCUGUAGUGGUACGGCCCUGUGAUAGGGCGUGUCCCCCACCCCCCACGGUGGUACAGUCCAUCCCCACGCUGCCUUACAGGGGUACGCCCCAUACAGCCCCCCCUGCACCCACAGUGGUACCUCCCAUCUCCCGCCGUUUCCCCUCAGUG